CAAACGACAGAUAUCAUAUGAGCAUGGAGAGUGCGCUGAAUGGCGCGCCGUUGAAGGGACUGGUGGAUGCGACGGAAAGAACUCCGUUGGUCGGAAAGGCUCAAGCGAUCAGCUCAUCAUUGAGCCCUUCAAGCUACAAGUCAUGCUCCUCACCAGCUGCAAGCUACCAGGCCCUCGUGGGCUCACCCUACCUCGACGCUCAACAGCCUGAAAAUUCACCGUCGCCCCCUGAAGGCGAGUGCAUUCUCUAUCUUGAUGACGGCCUUGAAUUGUCGAAAUCGCCGUCCCAGUUGACGACUGUCCAAAGUCUCUUCUUCGACUCAUGUCUCGCGGGGGAUGCGUUCCAAGCUCAGCGCUUGGUCGAAUCGGUCGCGGGCGACGACGAAUUGCGGUCGCUCGUCACGGUGGUCCAUCCAAAGUACCACAUGACAGUGUUGAUGGCGACAGCGUUUUACGACCAACCGCUUGUGAUGCGCUAUCUCCUGGAUUUGAAACUGUGUCGACAAGCCGUCAACGCGCAAGCCGGCGUCGAGCGGCACAAUGCGACUGCAUUGAUGCUCGUGCAGUCCGUGACAUGUGGGCUGAUGCUGCUACAAGCUGGCGCGUUCGUCCAUUCCCAAAACUCGACCGGCAUGACGCCAUUGCAUUACGCUGCCAGCGCCGGCCACGCCGGUCUCGUGAGUUUGUUGUUGACAAGAGGUGCAGACCCGAACGCCGUCGACCACCGCGGCGCCACCGCGCUCCACUGGGCAGUGUACGAGGGGUUCCAGUACACGGCGAUGCUGCUCGUGGGGCAAGGCACGGACAUGUCGGUGCAGGACACCCAGGGCCAGACGGCGCUCAUGAUUGCAGCCGCAUUAAACGAUGCGUUCUUGGUCAAGCAGCUGGUCCUGGAAGGCGCGCCGCUCAAGGCCAUGGACCGGAAGGGCCGCACGGCGCUGGUCAUUGCUACCCAAGCGUCGAAUCGCGAGUGUAUUCACGCGCUGACGUCGGGAUCGAGUGACAGAUGGAUCGCGACGAUGUCCCGAAAGGGCGCGACGGUCGUGUUCUUCUGGAUCGCUUUGGUCUCGACCACUGUGCUGUCGCUCCUGUUUGCUGUUCCGUGCAUGGCGUCUUUUCCAGUCGGAUUGGCUGGUGUGGUGCUGGCUCUGGGGGGGGUCACCUGCGUUUCGUACGUGUAUGUGUGGCUGGCCGACCCCGGCUUCGUGGCCCAGACAACGUCCCAGCCCGUGUACGAGCUACUAGCCGCCGACUCGGUGCCGUGUCCGAGCUGUGCGACGCUCAAACCGAUUCGAUCCAAACAUUGCGCCACAUGCAAACGCUGUGUCCAUCGCUUCGACCACCACUGCCCGUGGAUCAAUAACUGCGUGGGCCAGCACAACCAUCGGGGGUUUGUCGUGUUCCUGGCGUCGUUGUCGAGCCUGUGCCUGCUACUGGCGCUGAUUUCGCUGCUGGUUUUGACUGGCGUUGUCCCUCUGGUGCCGGCGGACUCGACGGCAGCCAUCUGGGAAGCGCAUUUGCCCCAUUUUCUCUACUCGAUACGACCGAGUCAGGCGGGAUACACGCUGCACCUGAUACACGUGUACAUUUUGGUCGUGGGGGUGGCAUUCGGGGGCCCAACCCUCGUCUUGCUUGGGUUGCAAGCGCGCAACAUUGCAGUGAACCUCACGACCAAUGAAAUGUUCAACAAGGCCAAGUACUCGUACUUGAAGGACAUGGACGACGAGUUUUACAACCCGUUUGACAAGGGCGUGGGGGCGAAUUGCCUUGCGUUUUGGCUGCGUCGCAACUAAUAAUAAUAUAUCUACAUGACUAGCAUGUCGUCUGUAUUUUGA